AUGAAGUAUAUAUUGAUAUUAGUAAUAUUUGUUGCUAGUUUGCAACUAAAGUGGGUUAGUGGAACCCCACAAGUACCUUGUUUCUUCAUAUUUGGAGACUCAUUGUCAGAUAGUGGCAAUAAUAAUAAACUCAUGACAUUCGCUAAGGCAAAUUUUCUACCUUAUGGCGUUGACUUUCCAGAUGGGCCCACGGGAAGAUUUACUAAUGGCAAAACCGCAGUUGAUUUAAUUGGUGACGAACUUGGUUUAGAAGGCUACAUCAAAGCCUAUUCAAGUGUAGAAGAGGAAGAGAUAUUGAAGGGCGUAAAUUAUGCAUCCGGUUCAGCUGGAAUUCGUGUUGAGACUGGCUAUCAAGUGGGGGAGAGAAUAAAUAUGGAUGAGCAGCUAAAGAAUCACAAAGAAAUAGUGUUGAGGAUAAGAACAAGUAUAGGCCAAAACAAGUCAAUGGAUCAUCUCAACAAGUGCCUGUACUCUGUUUAUGUUGGGAGCAACGAUUGGAUGCUCAACUAUUUUGCUGGAUUUGCUGCUUUUUCUACCACUCCCAACGCUUUUGCUGAUGCCCUUAUCACUCAAUUAUAUACUCAAUUAAAUACCCUAUAUGAUUUAGGAGCAAGGAAGAUCAUAUUAUUUGGACUUGGACCACUUGGUUGUCUUCCCAUGCUAAAUCAACAGGGCAAAUGCUCUAAAUAUAUCAAUGAUAUCAUGGAUAUGUAUAAUACCAAGCUAAGAUCACUAACCUACACUUUAAACAAUAAGUAUGGAAAUGCUAAAUUUAUUUGGAUCAACACUUUGGGAAUUAUUUCUCCAAAUAAUCUUCAAGGCCUUGGGUUGAAAGUGAUAAACAUUCCUUGUUGUGGGAUGUUGCAAGCUUUAUGUAGUCCCCUUACCAUUCCAUGCAAUAAUAGAGCAGAUUAUGCAUAUUGGGAUAAUGCACAUCCCACUGAGGCUGCCAACAAAGUUUUAGCUCAAAGAGCCUAUACUACCCACAAUCCAAGUGAUGCUUAUCCUAUGGACAUAAGAACUCUAGCAAUGCUCUAA